AUGGCCACCAGGACCUGCUGGCGCCAGGGCAGGGCCUCUCCUGGCCACACCCCUUCCACAACCCCCCCCACCCCUUUAUCAUCCAGCCACGCCUAUUCCGGCUCAGGCCUCGCCCCCAUUUCUCACCUGUCCCCCCAGAAUCCGUUGGGACCCCCCGAAAAAAAACUCCCGGUUGCCAUGGAGACGCUCAGGCGCUGCUUCGGUGUGCGGACCCCCAGGGGGGGUCCCGUGUCCUAUUCCCGGCACAGGGACCCCCGGCAGGGGGACAAGGACGAGGAGGAGAGGGAGGAGCCAAUCGUGCAGCUGCCAGGCCCCUGGACACGCCCCCAGUGCAGAUCACGCCCCCAGACCCGCCCCUGGCUCCACCCUUGGGCAACCCUGGCCCUGGGCUCGGCCACUGGUUUAUUACUGGGGCUUUUGGUGGCCGGAAUUGGACACGCCCCCUGCAGGGGCGGGGUCUCGGGGGCGGGGCCUCUGCCAGGAGGCUCCACUCCCGAUGGGGUUUGGGGCGGGGCCAGUGCGGAAGCUCCACCCCCUCGGCCCAGCCUGCGGGAGCUGCUGCGGCGCCACCUGGCGGAGGAGAGGGUGGAGGCCUGGGUCAGGGAGGUCAGCGCGGGUCCGCACGGGGCAGGGUCUGGGCGGGGCCGAGCUUUGGCCCAAUCAGUGCUGAGCGCCCUGGCAGGGGCGGGGCUGACCCGGGCCUGGAGCCGCCCCCAGCCCCUCCCCCUCCCGACACGAGGGGAGGUGACCCUGCGCUGGGUGGGGCCGGGGGGGGAGGAGCUGGAGCGGCUCCCGCUGGACCCCGAAGCUUUCUGUGCCUGGAGUGUGUCCGGCAACGCCACGGGGGGGUUGGUCUAUGGCCACUACGGCCGCCCCCAGGACCUGGCCGAGCUCCGGGCCCGGGGGGUCUCGGCCCGAGGUCACCUCAUGCUGCUGCGGCUUGGGAGGGGCAGCCCCGCCCAGAAGGUGGCAGCCGCAGCGGGGGCAGGGGCCGUGGGGGUCCUGCUGUACCCGGACCCCCGGGACACGGCCGGGCCUGGGGGGGACCCCGGGCUGGGGGGGGACACGGCUGUGACCGUGCACGUGCAGGAGGGUAUGGGGGACCCCUUCAGCCGGGGGUUCCCCUCCUUCAGCAGCCGCGCCCCCCCCGGGCCACCCCCGGGGGUGCCCCCGAUCCCCGCCCACCCCAUCAGCGCCAACACGGCCACGAGGCUGCUGCGGGUUUUGGGGGGCCCCCCCGCCCCCCCACGCUGGAUCCCAGGGGGGUCCCUGCAGUUCCUGCCCCCCCCGGGGGGGCGGCGGCUACAGCUGAGCCUGAGGGGGGAGGGGACACGCCCUGGGACCCUCACCAGCGUUUUUGGGGCCCUGGAGGGGCGGCUCGAGCCUGACCGUUAUGUCAUCGUGGGCGCCCAACGCGAUUCGUUGGGGCCGGGGGCGGCGGCUUCUGGUGUGGGCACCGCCCUCCUGCUGGAGCUCGCCCGGUUCUUCGCUGCCAUUGGCCGAGAGGGGUUCCAGCUCCGCCGGACGCUGCUGUUUGUCAGCUGGGAUGGGGGCGAGUUUGGACAUUUGGGGGCCACCGAGUGGCUGGAGGGCUACCCCGACCUGCUGCACACCAAAGUCGCUGCCUACAUCAGCCUGGACCGGGCCGUGCUGGGGGGCGAUCGGUUCGUGGUCAGGACCAGCCCCACCCUGGUGAACCUGGUCGAGAGUGCGCUGGAGCAGGUGGAGAGUCCGAACGAGGGCGGGAAAAGCCUCCUGGAGCAGCUGACACGGCCGGGGCGGGGCUGGGAGAGCGAUGUAAUCCGCCCCCUGUCCCCCGACUCUGGUGCUUUUCCCUUCACGGCAGCCGCAGGGGUCCCGGCGCUGGAGCUCGGCUUCGAUGAGGCCUCUCCCGGUGGCUCCCGUGCUGCUCUGGGGACCCCCGAGGACACUUUGGGGCGCCUGGGGGGGCAGCUGCGUGGGCGGCUGCCGGCGGUGGCCCGGGCGGUGGCUGCGGUGGCCGCACAGCUCCUGCUGCGCCUGGGCCACGAGCCCCGGCUGCCACUGGACCCCGGAGCCCUCGGGGAUGCGCUGGUGCGGCAUACCCCCCAGUAUAACCCGCAUGCCCGGCAGGCGCGGGGCCUGUCCCUGCAGUGCCUGUCCUCGGCCAGGGGGGGCGUCGUGCGCGCGGCCGCCGCGCUCCGUCGUGACAUGUCGGGAUCCGACAGCUCCAACGAGCGCCUCAACCGCGGCUUCAACGCGCGCCUCAUGGCCGCCGAGGCGUCGCUGCUGUCCCCGUUCGUGUCCCCCCUGGUCACCCCCUUCCGUCACAUCCUGCUGGGCCGGGGGGGUCACACGCUGCCAGCGCUGGUGGCCGAGCUGGGGACAGCGGGGACACGAGGGGACAUGAGGACAGUGGGGACACAAGGGGACAGCACGCAGCUGCGUCUGGCCCUGCUGGCCUGGACCUUGCGUGGCACAGCCGGGGCGCUGGCCGGGGACAGCUGGGACCGAGGGGACCUGGGGGACAGGGGUGGCCUUGGGGACAACGGGGACUGUGGGGACAUGGGGGGGACCGAGGGAUACAGGGACAUCGGGGCCAGGGGUGGCCUUGGGUACAAUGGGGACCGCAGAGGGGCUGGGGACACUGGGGACAAGGGGGAGGACUGUGGGGGUGGCCUUGGGGACACGGAGGAUCGCCCCGCCCCUGAGACCCACCCACAUUGA